UUUUAAGUUUAGGAACUAGGAUUUGGUCAAAAUUUUCGGUCAAAAACUCGAAUGGUGAUGUUAUUAAUUUAAAAAUAAUGGAACUGCCAAAAGAACGUUUUGAAGAUUUUUUGGAUUCUUACAUGACUUUUUUCGCGAAGGAAGAGUCUUCAUUUAGAGCUUCUGGAGUAGCAAAUAGUGAAAAUGCAAUUAAAGAAUUGAGACAAGUUCUUGCUAUUAGAAACAGUGAGCAAUCGUACCAUACAGUUAUAUGUUGUUUAGACAAUGAUGACGAAACACCAGAUAUCAUUGGAGCAUCAGUCAUGUCUUUGGAAACACCUGAAAAGAUAAUGCAAAAGAAAACGUUUCAGGGCACAUCACCUGAAUUGAAGAAAGUGAUUGAAGUGUACGGAGAUCUGUUGGCCACAUACGAUAUGUUAAAGGAAUUCAAUUUAGAACGGUAUUUUGUAGACAGGGGAGUUUUCGUGCGUCCUGACUUCAGAGGACUUGGAAUAGCUCAGGAGUUGUUUAAAGUCAGGCGAAUGAUAUGCAAAGAACAUGGGGUGAGCAUGCAUGGAGCAUGGAUGACAUCAUACGGUACUCAGAAAGCAGCCGAACGUGAUGGCUGGGAAACUGUGUGCGAGGUGCAAUUUGACGAGCAUGGGAAAAAGCAUGGCGUGGUCUUCGAGAACGGACCCCCUUCUUGUAAAUUCAUGGUGGCUAGAAUAGAUUUGACAUAAAAAUUGUUUCAAGUUUAUAAAGAGUAUUGGUAAGUGUGAUUGAAUAUUUUGUGCUUGCAUUUAUAAAUAAACUAAAGUAUUUUAAAACGGA